GAGAGGCUGAUCUCUAAGUGGAAAAGUGUUAUCUCCUGUUUCUAACCUUCCUUGGGACACCAGGACUGACUGGAUGGUCUUCAGAAGUUACUGUUCAAGCCGGUUCAGCCUUUGGGGAAGCCUUAGGCUAGAUCCCUGGAUCUGACUGCACUACUGUCCUACUCACUUGAUUUGGGAAGGAACCACAAGAAAAAAAACUUUGAACAAUCCAAGGGACCAUUGCUGACCUGACCAUGUACCGCAACCCUCUCAUCUACUGCACUUGCUGGGACCCCUGGGGCCUGGGUCCGAGGAAGCUCAUCAGGACACCUCAGCCUCCACCCAAGGCCUCUUGGCGGAGGUCCAAGUUAACUCCUCUGCUACCAGUUUCAAAAGAACACAACUACCUCCAGCCCCUGCCAGCAACCAAACCCACUGUUGCCCCUAAACUGGGCAUCCAUCCUGGGAGGUGCAAAGAGACCCAGAAGUCACCUCAGGAGGUGAUUGACGUGUCACCUGGCUACCAGCUGGUUCGGAGUCGUGAGCAAGUUUCUGUCACCUUGGGAGAUGAGAUGUUCAAUGGGGAGAAGCAGCUAGAACCUGAAGUCACAGACAGAGUCAGCAGCCCCAGGGCCAGUAUCAUUUGUGACCUUGAAGAGCAGAUCUCAGAACUGACUACCAUCAUAGAACAAAUGAACAGAGACCACCAGGCUGCCCGGAAAUUGCUCUGCGGGGAAAUGGAGCGGCGCUGCGAUGCCAUGAAGCGGAGCUUUGACUGCAAGACCAGGGAGCUCAAUUUGGCUCACAAGGCGGAGCUCAGUGAGUUAGAGAACAGUUACAGAGAAGCCCUGAAGAUCGAGAAGUCAGUGGCACAAGGAAAACUAGAGGAGAUGCAGAAGGAAUAUAAGUAUUUGAAGAAUAUGUUUCACAUGUACCAGGACACCAUUCACGAUGAAAUGGAAGACAAGUGGUCUAAGCGGAAGGCAGAGUGGGAAGAGGGUGAGAAGUCGGAGCGGGAGAGGAUCUUGCUUCAACAAAAAAACAAGAUGACCAAAAAGUUUGAGUUAGAGUCAGAGGAGGAGAAGAGGAGAAUGACCGAAUCCUACAGUGCUACCUUUGAGAGCUUUGUGCGGGAGAAGGAGGAGCUCUUGAAACAACAUGAAAGGGACACCAUGGAAUUACAAGAGCUGAGGAAGAACAAAGAGAUCAUAGAGGAAGAGUUGCAUGCACAAGCCCUUAUUCUAGAGUCACUCAACACGAGCCUCUACCAAACUCAGCUGGAACUCCAGAAAGAGAAAGCUGUAGCGGGAAACCUAGAAAAAGUACUGCAGAACAAGCUCGCAGAAGCUGAGGAAAAGUACAAACACAUCAUCCAGGAUCUCACAGCGGAAAACAGUGACCUCAGGCAGAAGAUAAUCGCCAAGAAUGAAGACAGCCAUGAAAGACGACCUGAGAGGUCCACCUCUGUCGCUCUUUCUGGAUAUGACUUGGGCAUGUUGGAAGACAGCAGCAACAAAAGAGGACAGUCAUAAAGAAACCCCUAUUCUCCACAGCCCAGGGCAGGGAAACCAGCCCUGCGGCCAACAGAAGGCUGAAGGCUUUCAUGAGAAAAGCUGCUGAUGAGUAGAGUUCUUGGGUGGCUUGAUUUGUGUCACAGUUGGCUUUCUUCUGAGAGGCUGGGAAUGGUUGAAUUCUCCUCCAGUUGCAUGGCUUCUGGUGACUGUUUGGGGACUGAUGUUUCUGUAUGUGGGAACUUUCCGUAGGCUGGUACUCUUUUCUCUUCAACUUUUGCAUAUUUGACUACAAAGAAACUAUAGUAAUUGAAA